AUAAAGUCGCCCGUUUCUAAACUCUCCGGCACUUCUAAAUGAGGGUAGAGAGAGAGAGAAGAAGGUUCGUAAUGGAGAAACGAUCAAGAGAAUUUAAAACCCAUAACCUCUCUCUCUCCUCCCGCUGUCAAACGCCAUUAAAUCCCCCCAUCAGUAUCAGUUACACAAUUUCUCAAGAGACAGGUAAGGAGAGAGAGAGAUUUUGGAAUGUGUAAUGAAUGUAAAAGGAGCGAAAGGUGGGAAUGAUGAAAGCACUAAUGGCUUGCUUAUGAUAGGCUCGAGAACAAAGACCCAGAGAGAUUUAUUAUUACUCUGCCUCUCUCUUCAUUGGUUCUGUAAGAGACAUUAACUACCUGGCUAUAUGGAUUCUUAUAUCAAAUCUCCCUUUUUGCUCCUUCCUCCCUCCCAUUAUCUUCUUUUCUUUCUUUUUUUCAGAUUCUCUUCCGUUACAUUUUUUUUUCUCUCUCUCUCUCUUGUUCAAAGUUUGAAACUUUGUUCCCUCUUUUUCUCUUUGUUGUGUUAAUAAUGGCGACAGCUGUGUGAUGGUCCAGAGUUCACUUGUUUGGUUACAAAAGGAUUUUUUUUUACUGUUUCUUUGUAUACAAACACAUUAUACUUUUGAACAAAGAUGGAGUUUCUCGGUGACAGCUCUGAAACGGACAAGAAGACAAUGAAGAAGAAGCGUUUCCACCGCCACACACCUCACCAGAUCCAACGCCUUGAAUCAGCUUUCAAUGAGUGUCAACACCCAGAUGAGAAACAGAGGAUGCAACUUAGCAGAGAAUUGGGUUUGGCUCCAAGACAGAUCAAGUUUUGGUUUCAGAACCGACGAACACAAAAGAAGGCACAACACGAGAGAGCUGAUAACUGUGCACUCAAGGAAGAGAACGAUAGGAUUCGUUGCGAGAACAUUGCCAUCAAAGAAGCUCUCAAACACACCAUUUGCCCCACCUGUGGUGACGCUCCUUCUCAUGAAGACUCUUACUUCGAUGAACAGAAGCUUCGAAUCGAAAAUGCACACCUUAGAGAAGAGCUCGAAAGGGUUUCAAGCAUUGCAGCUAAGUUCAUGGGGAGGCCACUUUCUCAUCUCCCACCACUACUAAACCAGAUGCCAUUCCACGGUGGUCCUUCGCUUGAUUUUGAUCUUAUUCCUGGAAGUUGUUCUUCAAUGGCUGCUCCUACUUUACCAUCUCAACCAAACUUGGUUUUAUCAGACAUUGAUAAGUCUGUUAUGACCAACAUUGCCGUGACCGCUAUGGAAGAGUUGAUUAGGCUUACCCAAACAAACGAGCCUCUAUGGAUCAAAAAUGAUGGAGCAAGAGACGUUCUCAACCUCGGAAGCUAUGAGAAUAUGUUCCCUAGAGCAAGUAGCCGUGGAGGAAAGAAUCAUAACGUUCGAGUGGAAGCGAGUAGAUCUUCUGGCGUAGUUUUCAUUAAUGCUAUGACACUUGUGGACAUGCUCAUGGACUCUGUUAAAUCUGCAGAGCUUUUUCCCUCAGUCGUUGCAUCAUCUAAAACUCUUGCAGUGGUUUCAUCUGGAUUGCGUGGAAACCACGGAGAAGCCUUACAUUUGAUGCUUGAAGAGCUUCAAAUGCUUUCGCCAUUGGUUCCAACACGUGAGUUCAGCGUGCUAAGAUACUGUCAGCAAAUCGAACAUGGAACUUGGGCUAUUGUAAAUGUCUCCUAUGAGCUUCCUCAGUUUAUAUCUUCUUCUCGGCCAUAUCGACUUCCUUCUGGUUGCUUGAUUCAAGACAUGUCCAAUGGCUACUGCAAGGUUACUUGGGUUGAACAUAUUGAAAUCUCGGAGCAAGAGCCUAUUCAUGAGAUGUUUAAAGAUCGUGUCCGUGAAGGAUUAGCUUUUGGAGCUGAACGUUGGAUCGCUACUCUCCAAAGAAUGUGCGAGAGAUUCACAGCUCUACAUGAACCAGCAACAUCCUCGGUGAUUCCAUCGCCGGAAGGGAAGAGAAGUGUAAUGAAACUUGCUCAAAGAAUGGUAAACAACUUCUGCUUGAGCGUUGGCACAUCUAACAACACUCGAUCAUCAACGGUUGUAUCGGGAAUGAAUGAGUUUGGAAUCCGUGUGACUUCGUACAAGAGCCAGCACGAACCAAAUGGAAUGGUUCUGUGUGCAGCCACCAGCUUCUGGCUCCCAGUUUCUCCACUUAUCGUUUUCAAUUUCCUCAAAGAUGAAAGAACUCGUCCCCAGUGGGACGUUCUAUUGAAUGGAAGUUCAGUUCAAGAAGUUGCUCAUAUCGCAAACGGUUCACAUCCAGGAAACUGUAUUUCUAUUCUUCGUGGGUUCAAUGCAUCAUCAUCACAAAACAACAUGCUGAUUCUACAAGAAAGCUGCGUAGACUCAUCAGGCUCGCUUGUGGUCUACACUCCAUUGGAUUUACCAGCACUGAACAUGGCAAUGAGCGGUCAAGACACAUCUUACAUUCCCAUUUUACCCUCGGGUUUUGCGGUUUCACCAGAUGGAAGCAGGAAUGACCAAAUCCCAGAGCUCAAAGUUGAAGGAAGAGGAAGUGGAGGAGGAGGUUCAUUGAUAACGGUUGGGUUUCAGAUAAUGGUGAGUAGCUUGCAGUCAGGAAAAUUGAAUAUGGAGUCAAUGGAGACAGUUAAUAACCUCAUCAGUUCCACUGUCCACCACAUUAAAACCACCUUGAAUUGUCCUUCAACUGCUUGAGGACGCCAUUAAUAGCUCAUUUCCCCCAUCUGAUUUCUGAUAAAGGUCAUUAAUGAUCAGAGAAGUGAAAGUUAUUAAGCACUUAUUCUACCUUCAGUGCCAGCAAAGAGUGUAAGAAAAUCAUCACUCUUCUGGUUAUCUGUCUCCUCUCUUCACUCUCUUGUUCAGUUUCUUUUUUUUUUUGUGUGUUUGAAAUGGUAAUAUUUGGUGGGAGGUGGGAGUCAAGAACGCACCAUGACUUUUGUGUAUGGUUCGGGCAUUGACUUCUGUUUGUAUCUUUUGUCAAGUUACAAAUUGUUUCUUGUCUAAAUGUUGUCCAUGUUUUAUCUAUCACCUGUCAUAAAUCCCUUUUUUACCACUGAACUAUAGUUAAUAAUCAGUUCAUCAACCUAAGAUGAUGUGAGGUCAUGCAAUAUAAAUCAAAAUGAUUUGAAAAUCUGAAACAAAAAGAUCACAAACUUAACAAGCCUUAAAUAGAUACGUUAACGUGUUUGACAAUAUUAUAUAACUCGGAACGUUUUCAUUACCUUAUAUCAUUGUUCCUGCAGCAACCGUUUCCAAGAAUUGGCUAUGUGUAACUUCUUAUUUUGGUAAAAGAAAAAAACAAUGUAGAACAUGGAGAUGCGGGUGCUAUGUCUAAUUUGCACUGUCAAUCACCUAAAAUUCCUCUGCAGAUGAACAGAUCCUCUCCAACGCUGCAGAAACGUCUCUUACAUCUGUCAGAUUCUUUCUUCCCUGUCUUCUUCAGACACCUCAUUGCCAGAUUUGCUACUGCAAUUACUGGCUCCUGCUUGCAUUCAUUUCCUUGUUUUUCGCGCCAAUCGCUACAGUUUGGUUUCAAUCAAAUUAAUAGCUGCGAACCGGAAUCCGGCAUGCCGACGAAUCUCUACGGUCCGAACGAUAAUUUCCACCCUGAGAACUCUCAUGUGCUUCCUGCUCUGAUGAGGAGGUUCCAUGAAGCUAAGGCCAACGAUGCGGAGGAGGUUGUGGUGUGGGGAAGUGGGAGCCCGUUGAGGGAGUUUUUGCACGUGGAUGAUUUGGCUGAGGCUUGUGUUUUCUUGAUGGAGAGGUACAGUGGGUUUGAGCAUGUGAAUAUGGGGAGUGGUGUGGAAGUGACGAUCAAAGAGUUGGCUGAGUUGGUUAAGGAGGUUGUUGGGUUUGAAGGGAAUCUUGUUUGGGAUUGUAGUAAGCUUGAUGGGACGCCGAGGAAGCUGAUGGAUAGCUCGAAGCUUGCGGCUUUGGGGUGGACGCCGAAGGUUUCGAUUAAAGAUGGGCUUCGUCAGACUUAUCAAUGGUAUUUGGAGAAUGUUGUGCAGAAGAAGCAGUGAAAGAAAUCAUUUUAUGCGUCUGCGUUUUGGCUCUGUGUCUCUCUAUCUUAUGUAACUUCUGUAUUCGUGGAUUUCAUAUUACUGAGCAAAUUAAGCAGACUUAUUUUGUAAUAAAACCAAUUAUGUUGAGAAUAUUAAUAAUCAAAAUACCUUGUUCUUUACUCAAAUCAUAGUCAACUACAAAGUCUUAUAACGCACGCACAAGCGUUCCAAUGGACAGAGUAUUUUUUAAGAUGGCUUUCGUGUACAAAACGCUCCGCUAUAGCACGUGGGAAACGAUUAGAUGUGGACGCCCAUUCUAUUUUGGGCCUAUAGGUUUCCUAGUUAUUGGGCCAAUAGGUGUCCCUGUUAUUGGGCCAUAACUUUAUUCGAGACAUGUUAAACGAUCCAACGGCAGAGAUGGAGGCUUAUGAUAUCUACACCGUUGGAUCAAUAAAUGAGCUUGGCCUCGAUAGCAUAUAGUUAAAGACGCAAAACUCUCUUGCGCCGCCCGCGUCUCUCUCUCUUCGCUUGUUAUCUCUUUCCACUCUCUGUAGAAACACAGAACCCUAAUCAUCAAAAUCUCAAGAUGAAUCGUGAGAAGUUGAUGAAGAUGGCCAACACUGUCCGCACUGGCGGCAAGGGUACAGUUAGAAG